AGGAUAAAAUGAUGUGAAUUUCUGAACGCACCCCAGGGCACCUAUUCUAUACGCGCUACCGAUUGUCUUUUGUUUAUUAUAAGAAAAGCUGCGCAACAAAAACGGAUAAUCAACGGUAGCGUGUACUGUGUACAGAUUAUACGGGUUCAGACGUCGAAGCUUGGAAGAGUUGGAAGGAAGCCUGGUUGGAAUUGGAUUUAUUGGCUCGAGUGAAAAAUCAGUCUGACUUUUUGGAACCGAAUCUGAUAGCAACUGACCAACUGUAUAUGCGAUCAAAACAACAAACAUUAUUGCGCGCAAUUAGAAUCAAAUACUUUUAAUUCAUAUUAAAAGGCAAGAAUUAUAUUCUUCCGGUUUAUGGUUGGAUCAACAAGCACAAGAGCAAACGAAGAUCACAAUCAAAGAAAGAAAGAAGUUAACAAUCAUGGCCCAACCUGGUGUAAGGGAUAUAGAGGUAUAUAGGGAUAUAGAGGGAUCAAGAGUAAAUCAAGUUAUCCGUGAUCCAAUUCAAACAGAAGAGGAGGGUGUUGCAAGAUACAUAAUGCCUGAGUAUGCCUGUCUAAUGGAACUUGAAUUAAGAUCUAAUGAAUCUGCUUCUUCCACACUGAUGGAUAUAGAUAUUGUGGUAACAUCAAUCUGCUGGACCCUAAAAUGGAGACCUGAGGAUGUGCCUUUCUACAGUCAACUGUUAACAAAGGAACAAUUCUGUACACCUGCUAGAUGUAUACUCAGUCCAAUCGCUUCGGAUCACAUACUCAUGUUCAUAGGAAUGGCAGGAUUAAUGACAAUGGCCAAGAAGAUUAAUAAUAUAGGAUACAGGAAUUCCAACCACGACUAUCUUUUAUUCCAAUGGCGAGUACUAUGUGCGACAACCAAUAUGGCCAACAUAUUUGAAAAGACAGAUUACAACAUGCAAAUGUCUAUUUUUCGUGCAAUAGUAACCUGGCAGGAUUGGAUAAAAACAAAAACCAAACUUCGUAGGACGCUUCUUAAUCUAGUCCUUGAGGAGGACAAUAAGAGGGAAGCUGUUGUAGUGGAAAUGAUUGAACAAGUAAAAAUGAUUCUAAAAAAUUUUGACCUCCAGUCGGUGCAAAUCAUGGAAACGUUCCCUAUGACAGGGAGCAGUGCAAUUUUAUUACCAGCAAUAGCGAAUCAGGCAGUAGAACUGAAAAAGGCUGUGUUAGCCCUCAAGGCACUGCACAAGGAAAGGUAUCCCUACAUCAGGCUGUUCCCUCUAGAGGGAGUGGAUCGACUUCAUUAUCGCAAUUAUCCCGAUCUUUAUUUUGCUGCUGUAAGUCUUACAACAAAGGACAAAGAUCUGGGAGAAGAAGGCAGAUAUCAAAUGUCUGAAAUACCAACCACUAUUCCCAAAGCAAUUAUCAUAGAACGAGUCAGUCAACGCACAGAGAUACAACCACAUCUAGAGGAAAUUCUGGAGGACUUGGAAUAUCUGGGGCUGGAUCUAACUCAUCUACGCGUUCCUACCCGACAACGAAGAGAAAUGGAGGAUGAGGAUGAGGGAAGAGAAGUGAAGGAUGAGGAUGAGAGAAGAAAAGUGAAGGAUGAGGAUGAGGAAAGAGAAGUGGAGCCAGGAGCAUGAAGACACGCCACCAUUUUUCCCCUAACUAUGCCCAGAUAGAGUUAAAACAGAAGAGCCUGCAAAAGCACAAUGCACUUCUGUUAAAACAAAGAAUCUUUAAAACGAAAGAUUUAUCUGACGAGAUGUUUGCAAAUAGAAAGAAUAAUCUAAUAAUUAAGUCUACUAUACACCAUGUUUAUUCUUUUAAAUCUACAAUUAAGAAUAUAUAUAUAUUUUCAUAUCGAUUCAAAUUAAUGCUGAUUUAUUCAAACAGUUUUAAACAAAUCAUUUCCAACCCGGUAAUAUUUAUCGUCUCUUUAAUAAUUAAUUUCUUUCCAAAUGUUAUAAACUUUUGUUCAAAGUUAUAAACAAUUAAAGUAAUAAAACAAAAA